AUGUUGAUGUUAUCACCAAGCUUCAUGCUCGGAGCUGCUGCUCUCCUGGUUGUCACUCAUCUCAUUAUCCGUCUGACUUCGGCCACGGCAAAGGUUCCCGGUCCCUUGAUAUCCAACUUCACCUCGCUUGUACUGAAAUGGCACGAACUCAAUGCCAACCGUACCGUAUACAUUCACGAGCUUCAUAAGAUAUAUGGCACAGUUGUCAGGAUCGCACCCAAUGAGGUCUCAUUCACUUCGAUUGAUGCUCUCAAAGAGAUUUAUGGUUCCGGUGGUAGCGGAUACGACAAAACCGAGUUUUAUGACCUCUUCCAAGUCUACGGCAAGCGAACAAUGUUCUCAACACUGGUUAAAGGCGAUCAUGCGAAACGACGGAGGAUGAUUGGCGAUAGAUAUGCCAACAGCAACGUAAUGAAGCAAGCUCCCUUGGCCGGGAUACAAGAACGCUCCAAGAGGUUUGUUGAGCGUUGUGUUGACUCACCUGACAAGACGGCAGACGUAUUUUUGUUCCACCCAUAUGGAAGCAACUGCCUGCAAAACAAGGACGACGAAGAAAUGAUGCAUCAAGUUGCUGCCGAUGACAGUCUUCAAAACCGUCUGGUCCAGUACUACAGCCCGAUUCUUCACCGUCUUGGAUCCAGCAUUCUGACUAGCUUUGCCAAACCUCGACUGAUUCCUCUGGCCGACAAUUUUGUAAUCGAGAACGCCAAAGAAGAUGGUGCAGCAGAUUUCACCGUUCUAAACCGGCUUAAGGAGAAGGAUAGCGUCCUUGAUACUAUCGACAUGGCUGCCGAGUGUCUCGAUCAUAUGGCCGCCGGCAUCGAUACGACCGGCGAUGUUCUCUGCUUCUUGAUGUGGGAACUCUCACUGCCCCGAUCGAUAAAGUAUCAACGACUUCUGCGACAAGAGUUUCGAAGCAAGCCUGACGCCAACUUUGACGAGUUGCCCAUGCUAGAUGCUGUCCUGAACGAGGGACUGAGAUGUUUCCCCGCUAUUCCAAUGUCAUUGCCUCGAUACGUUCCCCACGGCGGCCGUGUCAUUGAUGGCUUCUCCUUACCCCAUAAGACAGUUGUCAGUUGCCAGGCCCUUUCGGUUCACCGAAUUAAUGAUCAUGUGUUCCCCGAGCCGGACAGGUUCUACCCUGAAAGGUGGUUGGAGGCCGAUGGAGAUGCCGACCGACGAAGACACCAAUGGGCCUUCUCUAGUGGAGGAAGAGGAUGCAUCGGGAAACACCUUGCCAUGGCGGAGAUGAAAACCCUGCUGCGAGACGUGUAUUCACGGUACGAAACUGAGCCAGAUGAAUCAAUGAAGAGCGAAUCUAUGGCGAUGGACGAUCAACUGAUUUCCUCGCGACCUCUUGGAAAGCAAUGCCUCCUUAAAUUCGUGCCUGUGAAGGGCUGA